AUGUCGUACCACUCUCAGGCUGUUCGCAUCUCUCCUUCAACUCCCGAGACAUCGUUGCAAGAACAAUCCCCUACUGCGCAGCCUGCCGUCUCGCCCGACCCCGCUUCGACCACCAAGAAUCCCAAAUCUUCGGGCAUUGGCCGCGCCGUUCAAAGCCUGCUGAGCACCCCGCAGUCUGCAAGGAGUGCGGGCACUCGAGCUGGUGGGGCUGCCUUGCCAUCACGAGGAAGACCCUUUCGCAAUACCGCCGAACCCCUCAAAUCCUCCCCAUUGCGCAACAUGGCGUCUGCGCCCAGCUCCCCCGAGAGGCCGUCUGUCGACACCGACGAGCUUCCUCGGAGAUCAUCAGACCAAUUCACUAGGACAACAGACCUCGGCGCAUCGACGGCACAUGUGGAGGGCCUCGAGGAUGCCUCUAGAUCCGACAUGUCUCUACCGUCCGAGCAAAUUGCCUCCAAGAAACGGGAGAAGCCACAAGGUCGGAAGGGGAUGGCGGCAAUGAUGUCAGGAUUGGAAUCAAGACUAUUUCCCCGGAGCUUCUCCCGUGGUAGAGACUCCAGCCGGGGUUCAAGCCGGCGUGGUUCAUCGUUGGAUUCCAGAUCGCCCUCGUCCGCCUCCCAAUUCGGUCGAUCGGUCUCCCCCGGUAGCCGCCAAUUCGACUCUGCCUCGAAGCCCACACUCGCCGACACAGAAAGGGGCAAGGUGAUCAAAAUGGACAAUGCCCACAACCAAUCCGACGAGGCUUUGGCCAAGCCCUCUGGCAGACUCCCAGACUACGUGAAGCCAUCGAAUCAGGAGGAAUCUGGUGAACGACUGGCCAAGGAUGUUUUCGACCGAGACAAGAACAUUAUUGAAAGCAGUGAGGAGGAUGGCGAUGAAUCCUCCAGUGACGAUGAAAAACUGUCACAUGCGCGGGGCCGGAAGAAGAAGGGCUCCGAUAUCACCAGAAUCACACCCAGCGACUUUAACAAGCCCAGAGACGACAAAUCUCAUUUCCCAGAAGAGAGUAUGCAAACCAGGCGUCGACUUUGUCGUGACACGAACCAUUUGAGGAAGAAGGGACUAAUCUUUAAUGCAGCCAAAUCCACCGCCAAGCCCAACAUCCCUGGCAUGGAAAAAAGGCCCAGGAAGUCGGCUUUGAAAGCCGUCAUUCACCCUCGGACAAGUUAUGAUAUACCAACCCCAUACACACAGUCAGCAGCCGGUACGCCCUAUGGAUCAGAAGAUGAGGCUGAAAAGGAGGACGUUCACCGCGCACAAAAGCUCAGCAUCUCCAUGUCUGCCAUCGACAAUCGAGUCCCCAACCGAUCUAUCCGCACCAUUGUUCGCGGAGAUUUUGCCAGUCUACAGGAAGAAGCCGACGGCGGUCGACGUCGCCAGCGCAAGUAUCUUGUGGCAACUGAUCUGAGCGAAGAGUCGGUGUAUGCCCUGGAAUGGACUAUCGGUGCUGUUCUUCGAGAGGGCGAUACGAUGUACGCCAUUUUCACCAUUCACGAGGAUGCAAACCCGUCAUCUGUACAAGUAGGAGAAGGGGCAAAAGCCAUGCAGGAUGCUGCCGUGGUUGUUGGUUCUCAGACUAGAGAAGCCUCUCAGAAUCCUGGCACUGGAUCCCGCACGAUCCUCGGUCGACUGGGUCCGGGAACUGCCAGCAAGGCGGGCUCCGUUGAUUCCCGGGCGUCUUCGAUGGCGGAAUCGGAGAGAGUUCGGGCUGUUGAGAAUGUCUCAGAGACUUGCGUGAAGCUCCUGCGCAAGACUCUAUUGCAAGUUCGUAUUGCCGUGGAGGUCAUCCACUGCAAGAGUCCAAAGCUUAUGAUUACGGAAGCUAUUGAUGAAUUAGAGCCUACCAUGGUGAUUGUGGGCGCCCGUGGCCAAAGUGCAUUGAAAGGUGUUCUUCUGGGCUCCUUCUCCAACUACCUUCUUCAGAACUCCUCCGUCCCCGUCAUGGUUGCACGUCGCAAGCUCAAGCGACAUCCUGUUAAGGGGCGGAUCAACAGCGCAAACGUGCACCUUUCCAACAAUCUCCGAGCUCCCAAGAGUCUCACGCAAGCCAACGUGGACUGA